AUGUUAGAGCGGAAUCCUGGGACCAGGCUCGACCUGGAGUGGGUUUCCAGGACCCGUGUGAACACUCAGGCUGUUCUGAGGAGAGCGCAGCAGAUUCAGGGCAUCAGGCUUCCAAAGGACCAGUGGAAGGCCGCCUGGCUCCUCAAAGCGCUCUCCUGCAUUGACCUCACCACUCUGUCCGGAGACGACACUCAGUCCAACGUCCACCGUCUGUGUCUGAAGGCCCUGCAGCCAAUCAGAGAGGACCUCCUUCAGCAGCUGCACAUGGACUGUCCAGUGACCACCGGCGCCGUCUGCGUUUAUCCGUCCAGAGUUUGUGACGCAGUGAAAACUCUAAGAGAAGCAAAUUCCACCCUUCCUGUGGCCUCAGUUGCGACCGGUUUCCCCGCGGGGCAGACGCCGCUCUCUGUGCGUCUGGACGAGGUGCGCCUGGCGGUGGCCGACGGCGCCACAGAGAUCGACAUCGUGAUCAACAGGACGCUGGCUCUGGGGGAGCAGUGGGAAGCCUUGUACCAGGAGUUGGUUCAGUUCCGAGAGGCCUGUGCACACGCUCACAUGAAGGCCAUCCUCGCUGUGGGGGAACUGGGCACCUUCACCAGCGUCUACCGAGCCAGCCUGGUCUGCAUGAUGGCAGGUUCUGACUUCAUAAAGACGUCGACCGGAAAAGAGCCGGUAAACGCCACCAUCCCUGUCGCCGUGGUGAUGAGCCGCGCCAUUAGAGACUAUUACAUCAUCACUGGACACAAGGUGGGGUUCAAACCAGCUGGGGGCAUACGCACUGCAGACGACGCCCUCUUGUGGCUGGUUCUGGUGAAGGAGGAACUGGGCGGAGCCUGGAUCACUCCGGAACUGUUCCGCAUCGGUGCCAGCAGCUUAUUGGCCGAUAUCGAGAGACAGCUCUAUCGUCAUGUGACCGGGAAGUACGCAGCCUUCCACGAGCUGCCACUGGCCUGA